UUUAAAUUUUCAGGUCAAAAAGUCAUGAGCAGUUCGCAAAAGUCGCUGUUCGAAUUCGCCAAGUCCAUCGGCGCCGUCGAGACGAUCCACGUCACCGAGAUGGCCAGCUCGCAGCAGCCCCACCAGUCGGCGCCGCCCGCGUCCAAGUACAGCACGCAAACGUUCCGCUACCUCGUGGUCAUGGACUUUGAGGCCACGUGUUGGCCCGAGCAGGACAUGAAGUGGAAGACUCACGAAAUUAUCGAAUUCCCGGCGGUGCUGCUGAACAUGGUCACCGGCCAGGUCGAGGCCCAGUUCCAGCAGUUUGUGAUGCCGGUGGAAAAUCCGCGGCUGAGCGAAUUCUGCACCAAACUGACCGGAAUCCGGCAGGACCAGGUUGAGGGGGGCGUCCCGUUGAAAACCUGUCUGCCGCUGUUUGGCAAGUGGCUCAAGCAGGUGCUUGGGGAGCGGGGCCUGGUGCUGCCGAAAACGGAUCCCGGCAAUCAAAGCGGAAGUGUUGCGUUCGCCACGUGGUCCGACUGGGACUUUGGCAAGUGCCUGAGCAAGGAGUGCACGCGGAAACGGAUUGAGAAGCCGGCCUGCUUCGAUCAGUGGAUCGACGUGCGGGCGAUUUAUAUGAAGUUCUACCAACAUCGUCCGCUGAAUUUCGGCGAAGCCCUGGACAAACGUGGGCUGGGGUUCGAGGGACGGCCCCAUUCCGGAUUGGACGAUUCCAAGAAUCUGGCGCGGCUCAUCACACGGAUGUGCAAGGACGGUGCGAACUUUGUGAUCACGAAGGAUUUGCGGCCGUUUGAAAUUAUUAACAAAUAAAUGAUUUAAUGUUGUUUG